AUGGUGCGCUCUCUCGAGGGAUGGCUACCCAACGAUGCGCCUUGGAGUGGACUCGGCCACGAAGUACUGCAGGAGCAAUGCGCGAUGCGGGACCUUGCGACCACCGGUGAUUCUCCCGAAUUAAUCCAGCGCCUCUUGACCUACAAGCACGACAACAUAUCUGACAGACGACGCUCUCCCUGGCUGUCACAGCCUCGCCAUCCCGCCGACUACAAAAAGCACUGGAAGGAGGCAGAGAGCGCGACCUUUCAGAUUGUAAGGAUUGAAGAUAUGAGCGGGUCAGGUCGGUAUCUCAACAAGCACUUUACCAUCACCGACGCGGAGGGCGCGCUCUUUACUCUUUCAUUCUCCAAAGAGCCUGCUUGCACUUGUCAUGCCGGUACCGCUCACUUUCGAUACGUCAACAUCACUUGCGUCCACAUAAUAUAUGUCAUGCGCUUUGUGCUCAACAGCCCCGAACACUAUUGUUGGCAAGACGCCUUUCUAUCCUCCGAACUGGAAUCCAUUUAUCGCCACAGCCACGUCCUCCACACUCUCCUUACCACGGGCUGGGAGAACCCCAAUGAUCAAUGCACUAUCUGCUUUAAAGAACUUCGAGAUUCAAUAUUCAGUACGACAUACGUCACAUGCAAUCAAUGUGGAAGAGCAAUACACACCGCCUGCGUUGGCGCCGUCAAGCGAGUAAGGCAACCGAUCCAAGAUGGCCAGUGCUAUAUCUGCGAGGACAGAGCUGAGUGGGGAGUCGAAAAAUACUCUGAGAAGAAAAAGGUUCAGCCGGCUGUUCCUGUCAACACAACCGUUACUCCAGCGGUAACUCAACCGGCAAGACAAGUUGGCCAAGACUCUUUUCAGACUAUAUUCAAAGAUGAAGAGCGAGGUUCAUUAAGCCACGGAGACGUCGGUGACAAACAACUCGAUAACAAAACCCGCAGUACCAGCCAUUGUUCUUCCUCCGACGUGUCUUCAAUAUAUUCCUUAUCCGAUCUUUCAUCUCCUAACCAGCUCUUCGGCAAAGAAGAAGCCUCAUACUCUCCUCAUUAUCAGCAACCGAAAUGUCAACCUACCUCUCAUAAAACCAAUGGACAACAGGUGUCUAUCGAAUCGCGGAGUUGGCCCCCUCCUUCCAUUCCUUCAACCCAGCCGAUUCGACCAAAAACUGCAAAUGUGCGGAUGAGCGCACCUGUUCCACAGAGUCAUACGCCUGUUCCACUCCCGGCUAUAGCAUUUGCUUGGAAGGAACAACAACAAACUGUGCGGAUCAAUGCAUCCGUUCCACAGAGUCAUACGCCUGUUCCACUCCCGGCUAUAGCAUUUACUUGGAAGGGACAGACACAGAAGAAACAGCAACAACAUAAACAGGUCGCGACUCGAAAAAAGACUCUCUUCCUGCCUCCUGACUUAUCUCUUCAGCCGGACUCGCCGGUUUCCGUCCGAUUCGAACAUAUCAUUGAAGAUGAGGCGAGAUAUACUCCAUUCAUUGCUGAUAAGCUUGCUAACGGCGUCGACCCUCAACCGACUGUGAAGUGCACACCUGCUGUUAGUUCAGCUGAUGCCUCCUCUCCUGCUGCUUCAGCCAGCGCAUCCCCAUCGCCAACUUCCGGUGCUCGAACUGCUGCUGGUUCUUUCGCCAAUAAUGAAACUGCCGCCACCAGUAAAUCUCCUUCAGCAAUCAGGGCCAGAAUCCAAAAUUCUGACCAAAAUGUGGCCAAGCUGAAGCGGGACUUCGAACGUUUGGCAAACGAGUCAAAACGGGCACGACAAGAGUUGAGAGCUAUUGAGAAGCAGCACAGGCAGUGGUUGAAAGAGAUGAGGAAGAUCAAGAAGAAAGCGAAGCGAGAGCUGAAGAAGCUGACAAGAAAGGGAGAAAGCUACAGAAGAAAGCUGAAGCGGAGCCCAAACAUAAUGAGUAGACUUCUGCUGGAUGACGUGCUGUGGGAUUUACAGAAGCAUCAAUAA